AUGGUGGAGUGGACUGAAGAUCUAUACCCGAAUGCUACCAAUAUCCAGCCACACGAACCACCCGAAGACUACCGGCAGGGAGGCUUGCACCCCGUUGCUCUUGGCGAUACCUUCCAAGACGGGAGGUUUGUAGUCAGGCACAAGCUAGGCUUUGGGGGCCAAGCGACUGUGUGGCUUGUGCAGGAUACCCAAUACAGCCAAUGGGCGUCAUUGAAGAUCAAACAGUCUCGUAUAAGUGAAGGCCCACUAGAACAAGAUCAGGAAAUCCAAGCCCUGCAGGCGCUGGAGAAAUACUACGCCAGCAGUGACCAAAAGGCACCAAGAUGUUUCACUCGGCUAUUGACGACUUUCCAAGUCUGUGGCCCUAACGGCACGCACAACUGUCUCGUCACGGAAUUGGUUGGCCCAUCAGUCGCGAAGGUAGUCCGCGCUUGUAGUCUCUUCGGGGAGACCUUACGACCUGAUACGGUUCUUAGAGCUUCCAAGCGUGUGCUUCAGGGGGUCGACUUUGCGCAUCAUGCCGGCAUAGUUCAUGGAGAUGUUUCUUUUGGUAAUGUUGCCUUCACAUGCGAUGUGGCCUUGAAUGGCGAAGAGGACAUCUUUGUUGCGUUGGGUGGGCAGCCCAUGACCUCAACGAAUAAUGGCCGAGAGGCACUACCACCGAACAUGCCUCGGAUGUUAGUGAAAACAGCAGACUGGGAUAUGUGGACGGACCGAGACGAAGAAGAUAUCAGGCUCUUAGACUGGGGCUUGGCCUUCCCAGUAACGCAGGCAGUCACGUCGCUUCCUCAACCCAUAGAUCUCCGGUCGCCAGAGACUUUUUUCUGUGCAUCAAUAGACUUUCGCCAUGAUUUAUGGAGGGCGGGAUGUGUCAUCUAUGUGUUGUAUUUUCAGCAGUCACCGUUCCCAUUUCGGCACGGCACGGAUCGUGAAUUCAUUGGGAAGUUAGUGGAAAAGUUGGGUGCACUUCCACCACAAUGGAACUUGAUGUGGGAGGAAAUGGAAGGACCAAGCGCGAACCAUCAACUGAACGGCCACGAUUCAGAAGACAAGGAAGCCUUCGAAGAGAGGAGGAAAGCCAUUGUCACAGAGUGUCAGAAAGAGGACGAGUACGAAGCGGACGAGUAUUCAGAUUACGACUUUGAAUCACUUCAGCUGUUAUCUCCUGCGAUAACUGCAUUGCUGAAAUGGGAGCCGGAGAGACGUGUCUCUGCCCAGCAGGCGCUCUCAUUCUUGGAAUGGGUAGACUACCGUAAUGAGGCUUGA